CACAUCAACAUUACAUAUAUAUACGUGUCCCAAUUCCCAAACAAGCCCACUACAACACUAACUCACAAUAUACUCCAGCCAACAACAACAAAGUAUCGCCAACCCAAAAACACCAUUCCUUUUUUCAACAUACAACAACAAAACCACCGCCCAAAAGCCCCAUCUUCUUUACAACGAUACACCCAUACGUCGUCUUCCUCAAUUCCAUCAACAAUAUUUCAAACCCACCGCAUCAACAGUAACAUGAGAUUUCAUAGAGCCUUUUUUUUUUACUUUGGAUUAUAUUUUCUUGUCUAAAUCUGAUCCGAAUCAAAAUCCAUCAGAAUUGAAUCCAGACUUUUUGGUAUGUUUUUUCUCUUGCUUUGACUUCUCCUCCAUCCUUUCCAAUCAAUCUCUCAUCUCCCGCUCAAAUAUUUGUAUUAGGAUUCAAACCUUUUUAUUUUUGGCUAUAAAUAGAUGGUAUUGUUGUUGAAGGAGGAGAACGGACAGAGAGUUGAAAUUUGGUUGUUAAAGAAUAGUAUUCCUAGAAAUCAAAUCCACGAAGGUUUGAGCCUCAAAUUUUCAAUUUUCUUAAGUUUUUUUGUUCAUUUUUUGGUGGAUUCGAAGUGAAAUCGCUAUUUGCUCGUUAUCCAGUUUGCUGUCCGAAAUAAGGUAAUAAUGACUUUUUCUUUCUUUAACAGUGUUCAUUUAUGUGUUGUAGAAAUUAUCAUUAGUUGUUUGUAGAUAUUUGGAAUUAUAUUAUGCUUAGCUAGAUUUCUUUGUGCAUUUCAGUGCAUAAGUUCAUUAGUUUCAAAUUUCGUAUGUUAUAAUUAGAUCUAAUAAUACUUUUGUUAUUUAAGCUUUGUUGAAUUGUUAUUAGCUUAUUCAUGCUUGAUUUACCUCUUGGAUUUCCAUGUUAUGAUAGCAAAUUCCUAGUUCCUCUUGGGCAUCUUUAGUGUUUAGAUAAUUUAAGUUUUGACUCUACACAAAUAUUGAUUCCAAAAUAUGUGUUUCCUUAAGAUAUAUGUUAAGUUUAUUUUUCUGAAAAGUUAAUGACAUCUGGAUACAUCUUGGAUUGAAAAUUUGAGCGUAUUUUAGAUUAAUGGAGUUAAUCCAUUUUCUUUCUCCAUUGCUUCAUCUUGGUGUACUGUUGACUAGUCUGGUGAUUCAUAUUAGGAGACAUGUUUUUCUUUCAGUUUAUUUAAGGCUAAAUUCAUAAGACAUCAAUGCAUGACGUUAUGUUGAAUUCAUUGAAAUAUACUCUUUAUUGGAAAAUAUGGGAUAAGUUGUAAUGAGAGUUUUAUUCAUUCUUUAAGUUUAUAUAUUCGGUUGAUCUUGUGUUUGGAUUGUAUUGUUACCAAAUUUUAUUACCUCCUCUACUGGAGCAUAACUUGGUUCUAAAUUGGUUUUAUUAAAUAUGUGGUUAAGUGUUAAUUAUUGAUAGUAAGGAAAAACAUUUGUACUAUCCAAUUCGUUCACUAUUUUAUUUUUAUUUUCAUUCCAAAGUAUUCUAUCAUGACAUUUAAAUAUUGGGGCAUUGUUACUGCCUUGCCAAUAUUACUAAAAUAAAUCCUUAUCAGUUGCACAAAUUUUAAAUGAGCUAUUUUAUACUAAGAAGAAGUUUCAUUAUAAUUUACAUAUGUAAUUUUUUUGGUGUUGUUGUUUGAAAUGUUAUCUCUUAGGAUAUUAUUUUGGCUCUAAAUUAUUUUAAUCCAAAAUGUGUUGCACAUGGGGUUAUUAUCCCCUGCUAUUUCAAUUUGUUAAAUUCCAAACUUUGUUGUAUGAGUUGUUUUGAUAGAUAUGGUCAUGAGUUUGUCUAACUCUCUUUAUAUUUGUAGUAGAUUCAUAGUUUAGAAAUCCAUCUUGUUUCUUUUCUUGGUUCAAAAUGCACAUGCGAAGUGGUAUGUAUUUUGUUAUAACUUGAUCGGUUCAAAGUAUAAAUUAAUUCAUUAGUUAUAGAUUUGAUUAAAAUUUCCUGUUGCUAGUUCUCUUCUUUUCUUCUCUGUAUGCAUCAUCUGAAUGAGUCCAACUAGACUCUCCUCUCCCUCAUUGCAUUUUGAAUUAAGUCGGGACUCAACCUUUCACCUCUUUAUCGAGUCAAUCUCAUCAAGAAACCUGGUACACAUUGAAAAGGAAGCUGGUGAACAGGUUUAUGGAAGCAAAUAUACAAGGAUAUACAUGUUGGAUACAUGGAAAAGCAGACGAUAUAUACAUUGUAUACAUCAGUAUACAUGUUGAUAUACAUGGAAAUGGGCCACUGGCACAAAAAAGAGGCAGGCACAACUAUGUUAAAAAUUGUAAAAAUUACUUAUCUACACACCUUAUAUUACUAUAUUUACUAUUAUUCCUUACCUUUUGUAAAAGUAUCAAAAAUUUCUCUUUUUUUUACUUCUCUCCAUCUCACAGAUACAUUCUAUUCGAGUUGCCCCAAUAUCCUAAAUCCUCGCCUAUUUUCAAGCCACAAAUACUGCGAUUAUUUUUUGAAUUUUCAGUCUAAGUUUUACUCAAUUUCAAGCUUCUAAUUAAGGUAAUUCAAGUUCUUCCUUCUAUGUCAUCUUACUUCAAUUUCACCUUCUUCGACUUUUCAUUGAUUUCUACUGUAAUUUUUUAUUAUUUUACUCCUUUUGUUCACUAAUACAUGUGGAUUUCGCUCCAUCUUUUAGUGUUGGUCUCACACAGUUAAAUCAAAAUUAAGGAAUUCUUGUUUCACUGGAUUCUGAUUCAUCUUGGGAAGGUUACCACGAGGUUAGAUUCAAACAAUGUAAUGAUCCAUAGUUAUGGAUAAAUUACGUGUGAAAUUAAAGUCAAAAUCUCCAGUUCAACAAGCACCCACAGAAGCAGAGAAAAAGUUUGAAGGGGUUACAACAUGCCCUAAUCUCCCAAAGUGUCUGAAGUACGUCAUCAAAAAUAUCCCUUCUCACUUUUUGAGAUUCGGCACUACAUAUACCGCUAAUUUUAUUGAUGAUUUCAAAUCAUCAAUAGGUGAAGAAGCUAUCCAGUUAUUUAGGCAAAUCAUCUUUGGUCACUACCUAGAUAUGUCACAGUGUAAUUUUCUAGGUCAAAUCAUCAAAUGUCUCUUACUUCUCAAGGUGGAGCAGAAAAACACAGAUGAAUUGCGCAUUCGUCAUGUUCAGGGUAACAUACUCCAUUUCUCAAUCAAGGAAUUUGCUAUUAUUACCAAUUUGCGAUGUACCGAUAAUAUCAAUGAAUUUUGGUACCCAGAUGCACCCCUAAGCAGAUUGUUGUCUAGAUAUUUUCCUGGUGCAAAAAAUAGGGUAAACAAAGGAUAUUUCGUUCAGCGUUUUCUAAUAGGAGGAUGGGAAACCAAUGAAGACGCUGUUCAGAUGGUCAUUCUCAACUUUUCCACACUUUUCCAAGGGCGGCAUGCAAGAUAAAUAAGGAUGAUAGAGGAUGGAAGAUAUGAGCAGUUCCUAUGGGGUAAAAUAACAUUUUUCAAAUUGAUGAAAGGCAUGAGGCAGGAGUUACUACUGCCAAACAAAUGUAUCAUUUGGGCGGCAUGUCAUAUGCUCUAAAUGCAUGGAUUUACGAAUGUGCAUCUCAGGCCCCUUUUGAAUUUGUUGUAAGAGUGGAUAAUCAUAUUUCCAGAAUUCUUAAUUGCCGUGUUGUUGCGGUCAAGCCCAAAUUUGAGACCUUCAUGUCUAAAAUUUUCAGUGAGUAUACAUGCUCCAAUAUUGUCCCAACUCAAAAUGAAAUGGAAUCACAUGACAUUCCUGGCAAUGAACCUCCUAAUGAAGCUACUACAUCAGCUGUCAAGCCCAAAUUAACGGAAACCUCAAGAACUCUCUGGAUUUGAGGACUUUUCAACUAAAUCACCCAAAGAAUUGUUAAGAAGAUCCGGUCGUGUUUCUGAUACAUUUUCUCCACCUCCUCCCAAAAUAAGGAAGAUUUCCCCUGGUAAAAAAAUCCAUUUAUGUAGAAACGGCUAAGACAAAGAUGUCAUACCACCAAAGCAAUCAAAAAAGCCUGUUUCUACUACUAUAGAACCAGUGGCAAAGUCAGUGGUAGGAGGUGAAUCUUCCGGUCAAUCAGACCAAAUUGUUUAUGUGGAAUUCAAAGCAUUAAAGAAGUUUCAAAAGAAUUCUCUAAAGAAAUACGAAGCAGAACCAUCCAAGACAAUAUAAGAAAUGAAUGAUAUAUCAGAACAUUACAUUGUAUCAGAUACUGUAGAAUCUCUUCAACAACAUGUUGCUAAUGAUACAUUAAAGGAAUCAGAACAAUCUAAGUCGAUACAAAAAAUGAAUGAUGAAUCAGAACAGUAUAUGGAAUCAGAUCCUACUGAAUGCCAUGCAGAGAAGGUUUCUAUUGAUAAAUUACAGGAGGUAUCAGCACAUCACAUGGAAUCAGCUACUGCAAAAUCUUUUGAAGUGCUUGUUGCUUCUGAUACAUUAAAGGAUAACGCAUCACAAGAAUCAAAUUAUGGCAUUAAAGAUGCAAGAGUGGCUGUUGAUAAUAUUGAUCAAGGAAAUCAAAGGAGGAACACUACAGAGCAAAGUGCUCUUCAUUCAGGUUUGAAAAAAUGGACUUUGUCAUGGCAUUUUCUCAAGAUAAGAACUGGUUCUACCUCAUGUCACAGCCGAACAGAUGAUGGAAUGAUGAGGGAUUGUGGUGUGUUCCUGGCUAUUUUUGCUGAAUAUCUUAGUGAUGGAAUUUCUAUUCCAACAACUGGACUAUAUGUCUAAUACUUCCGUUCAAGAUACGUUUCGCUAUUGUGGAAUUAUGGUUGUCGGAAGGCCAAUGAUGGUUAUGUUAGCGAAAAUGACAAUCCAAAAAAAUUUAAGAGAGAUUUCAUCUCUCCUGAUCUAGGAGAAUCGAUGGACGUCAAGUAGUUUUUUUGAAAUUGUUUGUAGUAGAAUACAGAAUUUUGUUUUGACACCAAUAGUAAAUAUUUUUUUUGGCUAUGCAA